AUGGGGAAAUCGCUAUUCAAGAUUAUAUUGAGAUGGGAUGGAGAUGCGAUUUUUCAAGUUGGAAAAAAAAGCCGCACCAUAAAUGAUGACUUCAGAAGUAUCAAGUCGGGCAACUUAAACCCAGCCAUGAGUAAUGCAGGUGUUGACAGCACUAUGGAAGAGGUGCAGCGCAAGAGCUGGACUAAGUUGAAGCAAUCUAUUGACAAGAUCGUCAGCAAUCUAACCACAUCCAACAUUCAAACAUCGAUUCUCGAAUUAUUUAAUCUCAACAUCAAACGAGGUCGGGGGUUACUAAUUCGUUCAAUCAUGCAAAACCAGCUUCAAGAUCCUCAAAAGUCAUCAUUAUUUGCCUCAUUAAUAGAUGUACUCAAUUCUAAAAUUGGCAGCAUUGGGAAACUCGCAUCAAGCCGAGUCAUAUUACAAUUCAAAUUGGGAUAUACUUCCAACGAUCGUCAGCUAUGUCUCUCAUCAUUACAAUUUUUAAACUGCUUGACAAUGCAUCAGGUCGUCAAUGAGAUCACGAUACUUCAGGUUAUUCAAUUAUUAUUGGAAUCACCAGUGACCAAUGGUGAUAUUUAUAUUUGUACUGAAAUUUUCAAAAUUGUUGGUAGAUUUUUACUUAUCAAAUCGAAAGUACCAACAACGGUGAUUCUUAAUAGGAUAAAAGAUUUAUUACAAGAAGAUCAAGAGAAGUUGAACUUGAGAUCAAAAAAUUCAAUGCGGUAUACAUUGAGACUUGGUCAGCUGCAGUUUAGGUCGAUUCCAUUGAUUGCAAAACAGUUGGAUCUAGUUGAUGAUGAGGAUAAACAAACUCACGUUAUAGAUUUACAGGGUUCGUUAUUUGCUAAAGACUAUUUGAACGUGUACCGCUUUGAUGAAGAUUAUGACAGACACGAAAAGGAAUACAGUGAAUUACGACAAGAGAUUCUUCAGGGCGGGGAAGAGGAUGGUGGUGACAAUGAAACUGAGCCAGCAAAAGAAGCCACAGUGACAAAGCCAACCGAAACAGUGUCUGAUAUGACACAAUCAGAACUUCUCCAAUAUCAAAAACAAGUUUACUUAACAGUCAUGUCAUCAAUGUCAUCAGAAGAAGCCGUCCACAAACUUCUCAAACUUGGUCAUCAAAGAUCACAAUCAAAACAACAAGAUUCUCAAAUUCUAUGUGAUAUGAUUAUCAAAUGUUGUUCCCAAGAGAAGACAUAUUCGAAAUACUUCGGAGUCAUUGGUGAAAUUCUUUGUGGAAAGAACCAACAUUGGCAAAAUAACUUUAUCAACUUAUUUAAACACUAUUAUUCCACAAUUGAUAAUUUUGAAGCUAAUGCUCUAAGAAACAUUGGUAAAUUCUUUGGACACUUGUUUGUUGCAGAUGUCAUUCCUUUGGAAAAAGCAUGGGAAGACGUACGUAUCACUCAACAAGAUACAAACCCAGCUAAAAGAAUCCUACUUAAAUUUAUCUUUCAAGAAAUGGUUGAAGAAAGCGGAGUCAAUGAAAUAAAAGCAAGGUUAAUUGAUGAUUCAUAUGUGAAACGUGGUUUAAAUGGAGUGUUUCCCGUGGUCGAUGUGGAUGAAGAUGAUGCAGACCAUAUACGAUUUUCAAUCAAUUUCUUCACUGCUAUUGGACUAGGUGUAUUGACUGAGGAAAUGCGACGAGUAUUGAAUAACUUACCGCCACUGAGAUCAACUAGAGGCAGGAGAAGAAGUCGAAGUCAGAGCAGUAGUCGUGGGUCAAGUUAUUCACUGAGUUAUUCUGGUAGUAGGGGUGGAUCACGAAGUUAUUCCAGAAGUCGGUCGAAUAGUUAUUCCAGAAGUCGGUCGAAUAGUUAUUCCAGAAGUCGGUCGAAUAGUUAUUCCGAUAGUAGGUCAAGGACACCAUCUAGAGACUCCUUUCGUCAGUCAUCAAGUGACGAAGACAGAAUCGUUAAUAGGAACGGAAAUAAACAAGGUGAUGGUAAUCCAAGAUUAGCAAAGCGAAGACGGUCAUCAAGCAGCUCAGAAGAUGAGAAACAAAAUUCUAAAUUGAGUGAUAUCUUGAAGCAAAUGCACUAA